AUGGCCACCUUUUCCUUUCAACAACUCCAUCAAUUUCAUACAAUGGACCGUAAAAUUUUCUCUGUCCUAGUUAUGACUUUGGCCCGUGAUCCAUCACAAUCUCUUCUAGUCAUGGCCUUGUGGCUAUGGCUAGAAAACCUUGGCUAUCCAAGUCUUAUUUUAAAAUUGGUUUCAUGCCCUCGUGGUCUUGUCAAUGAAGUGGCACAAGAAGCUGUAUCUUGCUUGAACUGUUUGGAGUUAGAAAAUUUUCCCAUUCCAAAUGAUGGUGGUUUGUUUCUAACCAGAAUCUUAAUGGGAAGGAAAAUUUCUCUCCAUUUAUUCAAGUACAAAAGGUUCACUAUGAUAGCUGGUAUUAAAAACGUGCUAAACAAAAUAUGUUCAAGAAUUUUCAAUGAUAUUUUACUUGAUGUUUUGGGAAGCUCUAGUGCUUGUAGAUUACUACUACCUUAUCCUUAUAGACCCAUGAUUGUUCCUGGCUUCCCUCAUAAAGUAUUUGGUGAAUUUAUUAUAUCACCAGCAAACUUUGAGAAGUGUGAUUUGAAUGAUGGGGUGAUAUUGAAGAGUAAUCUAGACGUGUCUGAUCUAGAUAGAAAGAUAUUCUUAACGUUUUCUAGAGGCUUCCCCGUUACUGAAAAUGAGGUGAGAUAUUUGUUUACCACCACUUUUGAAGUCGAUUGCAUUAAGACUAUUGUUAUGGGGAAUACAAACUCAGAAGGUCAAGUUUUGUAUGCAACUAUGUAUGACAUUCGAGAGUAA